GCAGCGGCCGGAGCCCGGUGAGGCGGCGGCGGAGCUCGGAGGCGGCCCCGGCGCAGGAUUUGUCAUUCUGAAGCCUUGGCCAGAUGGAGGAAGAGGAAAAGCGACGGAGAUCCCCCACAAGGAGAGGCUGCAAAUCCAGCCCAGAGAGCUGCAAGGAAGAAAGACCCCCUCUGUGUUGGAAGGCCAGAGAUCCAAAUACAGUUCGGAGCUGGUGGAGAAGCCUGAGGCUUGGGAGAAGCUCCACAAGUGCUUGGAAUGUGGGAAGGGUUUCAGCCGGAGCUCCAACCUGAUCCAGCACCAGAUGUUCCACACCGGGGAACGUCCAUAUGAGUGUGGGGAAUGUGGGAAGAGCUUUAGCCAGAGCUCUGACCUGAUCCAGCGCCAGAGGAUCCACACUGGGGAACGGCCCUAUGAGUGUGGGCAAUGUAGGAAGAGCUUCAGCCGGAGCUCCCACCUGCACAGCCACCAGAAGAUCCACUCUGGAGAACGGCCCUACAAAUGCUUGGAAUGUGGGAAGAGUUUCAGCCGGAGCUCCAAUCUCACUAAGCACCACCAGAUCCACACUAGGAAAUUGUCCUACACGUGCUUAGAAUGUGGGAAGAGCUUCUCCCGGAACUCCAACCUCAUUAAGCACCAGAAGAUCCACACUGGUGAAUUGCCCUCCAAGUGCUUGGAAUGUGGGAAAAGCUUCAUCCGGAACUCUGAUCUCAUCAAGCACCACAAGAUCCACACUGGGGAAUCGCCCUACAAGUGCUUGGAAUGUGGGAAGAGCUUCAUCCGGAGCUCCACCCUCAUCAAGCACUGUAAGAUCCACACCAGGGAACGGGAACAGCCGUAUGAGUGGUUGGAAUGUGGGAAGAACUACUCCUGGAGCUCCCAGCUUGUCAUCCACCAGCGCAUCCACACUGGGGAGAGGCCCUAUGAGUGUCCUGAGUGUGGGAAGAGGUUUCAGAGCAGUGCCCAUCUCCUCAAACAUCAGCCAAUACACACGGAGGAGCGGCCCUUCCGCUGCCAUGACUGUGGGAAGCGCUUCAAGCACAGCUCCACCCUGUCCAGCCACCAGCUCAUCCACACUGGGGAGAAGCCCUACGAGUGUCCCGAGUGUGGGAAGAGGUUUCGCACCAGCUCACAGCUCUUCCUCCAUCAGCCAGUACACACAGGGGAGAGGCCCUUCUGCUGCUCCGACUGUGGGAAGGGCUUCAAGCAAAACUCAUACCUCAUCAUCCCUCGGCGCAUCCACACUGGGGAGAGGCCCUACAAGUGUGAGGAGUGUGGGAAGAAGUUUUAUACCAGCUCCCAUGUCACCCACUGUUGCAUCCACACGGGGGAGAGGCCCUACAAGUGUCCUGAGUGUGGGAAGAGCUUCUCUAGGAGCUCUCACUUGACCCAACACCAAUGGAGCCACUGGUAGGAGAAGCCCUGUGAGUGCCCCGAGUGCAGGAAGAGCUUUGUGCGCUGCUCCAGCUCCAGCCCCCAUGGGAGGAUCCACACUGGAUGAUCCCCAGUGACCCCCGUUGGGCAGAGCCUUGGUGAUUUAUGAUCCUGCUCAGCUGCCCCAGUGAUUUUGCCAAGGAAAUCUCGGUUCCGUCUCCUGCCAGCCCACGCGCAGAGAGGCAUCCAAAACUGCCGCAGCGCCCCCUGCAGCUGCGGAGGAAUCAUCGCACCCUGCCCGCCGGGAGCCACCAGCGCCCCUGCUGGCCGCGCCCGGAACUGCACCAACGGCAAGAGCAGCCUAGCACCGGGUUUGUGGUUCUGGUUGUUGUUCCUGCCGUUGUUGUUUGCUUGCCUUAUACACAUACAUACUAGUAAAGAGCUGCUAUUUCUUUUUUCAUAUCUUUGCCUGAAAGCCACUUAAUUUCAAAUUUAUAAUAAUUCAUAGGGGAGGGGGUCAUAUUUUCCAUUCCAAGAGAGGUUCCCGCCUUCCUUUAUAGGCACCUGUCUUUCAAACCAAGACAGAUUUUGGCACCCAAUGUGGGGCCUGAGGGCAUUGAGAGGAAAGAGUGAAAAAGGAAUAAAAGUUCCUGGGUAACCUACUUUUGUGUGUGCUGGAUAUAGAAACCUUGUUAGGCAGCACCAUGUGGUGUAGCCUACCCUGGUUCAAUGAGUGCAUGGUUGUGGCUGUAUUUUUCCCGUUUGCAGCUCCUUAUCUAAACAUGGGUCCUAUGACUAAGGCUACUGUGGCUGUUAUGCAGUAUUUGCACAAUGGAUCAAUAAGGUGAGGAAUUAAUGGAUUUUUAACUUCUUGAAAGUGGGAAUGUAGAUACAUGGUUACCACACACUAAGUGUAUGUUUUUGGGGUUUCAUCGAUAAUGGGACCCAUUUGUGAGGGAGUGACACCAGGGGAAGUUUUCUCCCAACCUUUCACCCAUUUCUUUGGGCCUAUCCCAAGAGCUUUCCAAAGGGUCAAAUAUUCUCUAGAUACCAACCAUAUCAUACAGUGGCUGGUGUUGCUGAUAUUCUAUUUAGCAUUUAGAGAUAAGGUGAGACUGCCUUGGGUUACCACUCUGACAUCUAGUCAGUCUACCUCAGUGACUAGGGAUGCUGCCCUGCAGCCCACCUCAUAAAUAAACCACCCAGAUUGGAUGGGGGUAAUGGAGAAGAUACAACAGCUGCUGAGGGAAUAUACUUCUCCAGCUGGUUGGUAACCCUCUCCCUACCUCAGAGAGGGAGAGUCUGGUGGUGCAGCACUGGAACCCAUGGAUGUUCCGACGGUCCAGGUUCCAGCUGAACCACUCCAGCUGAGUCACAGCCAGCAGCAGUCGCCCCUGUGCAGAGGGGGAAGUAUAAGACAUCAUUAACAGUGUGCCCAGUUAAUGAUCAUGAGGAGCCAGGGCCCUCACAACCAGCAAGGCGGCCAAAAGUUGAAAUCAUCAGCUGAGUCCCUGUCACACCACAGUCUCUGUGAUCUGUGAAGAGACAUUGUACAGCGGGGCUGUGAGGCUUAUUCGACCUAGUUACUCUGGGUUUGGGUCCUUAUGGGUCCAGGAGAGCAACUGAGUGGUGGCAAAACAAGGAAUUCGGGGUCCUGGACCCAGGGCAUGGGUAUUGAUCAGGUGUUCUUGAGGGAGCUGUGGCCCCUUUCCCUCCCUCUGUGAGUGGCUUUUAACGAGUGUAAGAAAGAGGUUUGCUCACAGAGGCAGAAUGCAGGAUUGCUGUCCUAAGACCAUUGGAAGACCACUGAGGAAGGAAGUGGCAGUACUAGAAGAACUCUUUGGAAGGGGCCAACAGCACCAUCAUGACUCUUAACAAUGUCAGGUGCACAGGACAAAUGUUGUGGAACGUGGCAAAUCCUGGGGCCAUCCUAAUACAACACCUUCAUUGCAAUGGUGAAUGCUGGGGACGACUGAGAGACACUGGGUUCUGUAGCCAACAGGCUCAGGUAUUAUGAGAGUAUGGUCAAUGGCCUGAUGCACACUCAUGUCUCUGCUUUGGGUAAGGACCAAAGAGGAGUUUAAAGAAGAAAUUAGGGAGGUGAGAGAAGAGGUGAGAAAGAACAGUUCCCAUGUGGCACCACUGCAAGAAGAAGAAGGCCCUGGCAUCAAAGUCCAAUGUCCCCCAGCUAGAGAGAGGAGCUACACCCAAUGAGCUGAGCUGAAGUUCUUCCUUUGUGACCAUGGGGAAGACAUGAAAAGGUGGGAUAGCAAACCCACUUAUGUGCUGGCAGCAGGGAUGUCAGCUCAAAAAGGAAAACACUAACCGAGGGAGUUCGGCUAAAAUGAAGGGAGCCUCAGCCUCCCAUGACCGAGCUGCUGGUACAACAGAAGGGAAAUCAUAUGUCACAUUCCCUUGAAGGAACCUGUAGGAUGUAUGUUGAGGGAGGGAAUGAUAACCAGGGCUAGAGAGGCCCUGCCUCUAGCCAGGUAGAGGCAUGGGAAAAUGGGGUCUUUUGGACAGCAUGGAUCUGAUGGCCUGGCAUGAAGCGGCGCUGCCGCUGGCGGGGCUGGAGCGUGGCUGCCCCGCACCUCAGGGCGAGCCAGGAGUGACCACACGGGUGGGGAGGGACUCCUGCUGGACUGCAGGGACCGAACCCAUGGACAGAUCCCAUGCCUGGAGCAGGGCAAGGAUUCCUGUCCCUGAGGGGGAAGCAGUGGCACAAACUGGCCGUAACUCCCAUCCCUUCUCCCUGCACCGCUGGGCAGAAGAGGGAGGGAACCGGUGGUGGUGUUGAAUUUUUACAUUUGUUGUUACAAAGCAGAGUCGCAAGGGGAGCUCAGCUUGCAGCUUCAGACGAGGGAAUCCAAUGUGGGUGCUGGGACUUCUGUAACCUCAAGGUGUUACUUGUUACUUGACACUUUAGUUUUGGCAAUAUGAGGCCCUUCAGCAGCAAAGUCUCUCCCAGCCACUGGUUUCUGACUCAGACCCAGCUCACAACUGGGACAAGAAAUUCAAAGUCCCAAUAGAAAAAGCUCUGCUGUCACUUUAUUUUCACCAUUUCAUUUCAUUUCAUUUCAUGUAUCUUAUAUAGUCUACUUUUUUUUUUUUUCUAUAAUCCCAUGUUUAUUUACUAUUUCUCCCCCAACCCUUGUUCUGUCCUGGAGGUCUGUGGGGAGAUGCCGUCCCACAGCCCUUUCUGCCCCAGCACCCAUGGCUGCUCGGGUGCCAUCAGGCCCGGGCUCAAAGGGAAAGCACAAAACCCUCUGGAAAUAAAGCUGGUCUGGGGGAAAACCCUGCAGGGGGGAUUGAAUUCCACGGACAGUGCUGGCUGAGAGUUGGAGAUUCCAAAUGCUCCAAGGGGCCAGAGGGAACUGUGCUGGGGCCUCGAAGCCUCCCUGGGGUGGGGGCACCUCCGAGACUCCCGAGCACAGCGACCCCUCCCACCCCCCAAAAUCUGCAGGUCUGGGUCAGCUGAGGAAAAGAGCUGGAAAAGGGACUGGAAAGGGGGUGGAACUUGAGAGGACCCCUCAGCCAGCACCCGCAGCAGUCACCUGAAAAUCUCCCAGAAACCAAGGAAAUAAAUGGAAAUAAUGAUGAAUUUUUAAACCCUUUCUUCUGCUGUUUCUCGAAGGUCCUGGCUGGGUCCCACCAGGAGGAGCCAGGGGCAGGGAGGGAGAUCAGGGCUUAAUUGUGGAGAAGUUCAUUUGGGGCGAGGAAACUGACUGUGGGGAGAAAAUGUAAAUGGAAGGGGAUGAUUUGAACUGGGGAGAGAAGAUGAAGUCAGGAGAGGAGACCGCCAGCCCUCAGCUGUGUCCCAAAGGUGCUGCCAGUGGUUUUUCCACCGACCCCCCAGGCUGAAAACACACACAAGGGAGUGGCCCAUUCACUGCCCCAGCUGCACGAGGAGCUACAAAUGCAACUCCCACCUUGCUGUGCACCAGCACAUCUGCACUGCGUGGAGGCCCUACAAGUGUCCUGAGUGUGGGAAGAGAUUCUCCUACAGCUCUGCCUUGGCCUCAUGGAAAUGGACCCAUGGAUAAGGGAAGCUCUGCGAGUGCCCCGACUGUGGGAAGGGCUUUGUCCCCUGCUCCAGCUUUAUCACCCAUCAGAGUGACCCACAAUGGACAGAGAGCUGGUGACUCCCAUUCUGGGUGAUCCAUGUUUACAUCCAGUGUAUUGGGUUUGUGUGGACAGGUUUUGGAAAUGAAGGGGGCUCAUUAAAGUAACACAAGAGAAAUUGUGUAAGGGAAAAGAAAGCAAUCAUCAGAGUAGAAAGAUACACAGGCACCAGCCCUGGAUCCAGCAACAAAAGUUUUGGUUGUGAUUAUUACAAUGUCCUUGUCCUUGGUCUAAGUGAUGCUCCCAGGAUGGACCCCCUGGGGGUUGGAAAAGCCCCAGAAACACCAGAUUCUGUGGGUCAGUAUGGAUUCAGGUUUGGGUGAAUGCCCAGGUACCUCCUCUGGAGGGAGUUUUACACUGUCUGAUGUCACACUGUGGAUCCUGGGGCACUUUGGGCGGCUCUGAUGGUUUCUGGCCCCUUCUGAGAUGUGGCCCUGCCUCUCCCAGCAGCGCAGCUGAGCCAGGUAUGGCCCAUGUGAAGGGAUGAAAAGCUCCAGCCCUCUCUGUGCGAAUGUCCUGGGCCUUCCCCAGGGGAGUUUCCAGAGGCGAGGCAGUUGUGUAAUGGAGGGCACUGCCCUGUCCAAAGCCCUGUCCCACGUGGCAGCAUCUGCUCCUGAUCGGCCUCUUCCCUUCCCUGGCUCCCAGCCCAGCUUGUCCCGUCUGGGGCUGGCUGUUCAUGCCCUCUGCCCCGGGCACUUCCCAUGCCCAUGGCCAGCAAAGCCCCUCUGCUUUUGCCAAUGGUUCGAGCCAUUAACCCGGGACAUUUCAGUCCCUCACAGCUCUGCUCCCCACAAGCAGAGAGGGAUGGAUGGUGCCUCAAAACUACUCCAUCCCACUGAAAAUGGCUCAACUCCACCUCCAAACUGCUCAAUCCCACCUCAAAACUUUGGGGUAUGUCCUGAGCCCAAAUUACUCCCAGUUGUGGAUGUCCCUUGUCCACAAACUUCAGCCAGUUGUUGCCAUCGAGGAAGUGACAGUGGGCUUUUCCCCAGAAAUGGAACACACCUGUGUGGGAAAGGAGACAGGUGAGGGGGUGCCUCCCCUCACCCCCAACAGACCCCAGCACCCCACAGCAGGUUGGGGGCUCAAGGGACCACCCUGGAUCCCCCAUUCCCACCCGGCUCUGCCCCACGGCCACCGCAGCACUGGCUGCUGGGUGGGGUCACCCCCACUGUCAGUCCCCCAGGGAGGGACAGGGGGAAUGGGGACCAAAUGAGAUGGAGAUGGGGCUCCCUGUUGGAGACUCAUGAGGUGCAGCCUGUCCAAGUGCCCCUUCAGGUGGUGAAAUGGACUGUAUCAGGAACCUUGUAGCAGGAGGCUGGAACAGCAGAUGCGAGCACACCCGUGGUGGGAAAUGAAGUGUACCAAAAACUCUGCAACCAUGCCUGGAGCCACAGAGGUCCAACGGAUUAGAUGCGUAAUAAACAAGUGGUGUUCCUUUGCUAAGUUGUAAAUGUAAGUUACAAGCUAAGUGUUGCUAAGUGUUGUUUUUCUGUCAAAUUGCUAAGUAAAAUGCGGAAGUUAUAGCUGUAAGUUAGGUUAAAUACUGUUAAGUGUUAUUCCUCUGUUAAAUUGCUUGCCCUAAGGUGUAAGUUAAGUUACAAAUUAUGGUAGAGGUUAAAGUGCUGCUUAGUGUUUUAGUCCAAGUUCCUUUUAUUCCUUGCCCACACUGUAUUUUGUCCCAUGCACCUAACACAACAUACACACCCAGCCAUCAUCCCCUAGAUUCUUCUCAGUUCAUUUCUGUUUUGGUUGCCUGGAUUUUGUUCAGUUUUGUUGUUGCUUGUUUUCGUUUUUGUUGUGCCUUAGCUGUUCUGUAGGCAGUAGAGUGAAUCUUGCCAAUGAACUUGUUGUGCUUUGUCGCUUAAUGUUACUGUGAUUGAAAAGGGUCUUGUCCAAUUAAAUAUCUCUCAAGGCUGCAACCAUCUUAGUGGCCAGGACCUGAAAGGGUGUGGAGUUCAAACCAAUGAGAGCAUCCAGACCGGAUCUUUCAAAUGCACUGUAUAAGGGGGGCUUGGGAAUAAAUGUUGUUGCCACACGAACUUGAAGGUGAGUAGUCUCUGUCUCCUGCGCCCUCUCCCCCCAAUAUGUGACCUUGAAUCAUGAUUUUAAAGGGUUAAGAUUUUAGCUGAGGGUCAGAACCAAUUUAUAUUGAAGUUAGAUACACCAAUGAUAGGUAAAUGAUUAUUAGAUGCUUAAGCUAAAGCUAAUUGUUAUAUUAUGAGCUCAUUUGUAGGAGGAAGUGGAGCAAGUGAACUAUUACAGUAACUAACAUAUUGAAACCAGGAGAACGAUGCCCAGCACCUGGACUCUGUGUUAAUCCAUCAUGAAGCAGGUGACCUUGGAUCAUACCAGAAGGUCACGGAGACCUUAUGAAGACCUUCCUGACUUCAUCCCUGCAACCACUGACCCACUUCAAGACCACCGACCCAAUUCAAGAGAAGAGUUGCGCAUGUGUGAAGGAAUAAUGACCUCAUUUUAAUACAAAGCGGGAAUGGGAGGUGCUGGGGUUGAGCAUAUGUAUUAUUUUGGGAAAUAAAUAGAAGGCAAAGAACUCUGUGUGGAGCGGUGACGCAUUUCGGGGACAAGCCCCGUGCCACCUGCUGGUGUAAUAAACACACAACUUUCUAACAUUAACUACUUAGAGAGUCUUUGUCCACGAUCUUCAGUUUUACAACUCAGUCUGACUUUUGCUCAUGCCCUUGCCACUGAUUUUUAAGCAAUCUCAAACACUCUCAUUCAUUACAGCCCCACAAUGUCCCACAUCACCGAGGGCCCUGACACGGGCCCGUGUCACAAAGUGCCACACCCGGCACCCAACAAGAGAGGGACAGAGAGGAACGGGCACAGAGCAGCCCCGGCCUUGUGGCCUUGUAGCCCCUGCAGUGCCCAGAGCCCUGGGAGGCUUUGGCCACGGUCCCAGGACAGCCCCAGCCCUGCCCUGCAGAGCCCUGGGGCUCAGCCCGGGCGCUCCGGGGCAGGAGGAAUUGGCCGGCCGGACAUGCUGGGGCCUUGUGGGCAGUGGCUGCGUGUCCCGUGGGAGGCCGGCCCCAAGGGUGUCCCUGGGUGUCCCUGGGUGUCCCUCAGGGCUUUGCUGGGCACCGGGCUCGUCACUGCCUCACUCAGGGACACCCAGGGGCACCGAGAGCAGCCUCGGCGCCUUUGCAGGGCACGGGGAGCUGAGUGGGGCAGGGGCACCAUGGAAACACCGAGUGCCUGCUCGGAGCACAGCCGGGAGAGAGCCGGGCUGGAGAGCCGGGAGAGGCUGCUCAGAGCUGGCCCGGGGACUUGGGCACCUGGGAGACAGAGCAGGCUCUGAGCCAAAUGCCUGAGAAAUGACAGCACGUUUUUCUUUUUUUUUUUUCACACUUCAUUAUUCUGUAUUUUCUCAAUGUAAGCUUUUAUGAGGGAACAUUGUCAAUAUUCAUUUUACUUUAUUUAGAAAGAAUUCCAUUGUAUUUUGUUAUGUGUGAAGAGGGAUGGGCUGGGAAAUAGUGGGUAAUGGAGUUUUUUAUUCAAUGUAUUUUCAAAACUGAGAUGUGACAAGUCCAGACUUUGACUCCAACAGCAGUGUCUGGUUCUGACUGCUCUGCUUUUCAUGGUGGAAUCGCAGUUCUUUCAAAUCCAGCAAUCAAGACUCUUGAAACACAGAAAAGCUGGGAAUCAGUUUAAAGCCCUUGGAGGGUUUGCUCUGUCUGUACAUUCCACAUCUCCCCUGGUGUCCGUUCAGCCUCUCCACUCCUGUCCUGGUGCACGUUGCUGUAUCCAGAGUUCGGUACAUGCUUUUAUAGAUAGAUAGAGACCUGUGAUUACUGUAUAUGCAAUUGUCUCGGAGUGAGUUACUGAGAUGGCACAUUCCGUGAUCCUCUGCUUUGUGACCAAAGAAGGGUUCUUGUGUCUUUAACCCCGGGAGCCGGGAGAGAAAACAGCCUGAGCUGCAGCGCCGCUGCUGCACCUGCCGGGACUCGGCUUUUCCCCUGGGGGAGAAGCCGCUGCCACCUGUGCCCCGUGUGGGGAGCGGGGAUGACUCUGGCAUUUUGGGUCUUUUGUCCCAGGGUGUGUGUGGGGGGUAAGGUCUAACAAUGUCUAUUAAUGAUUUUUUUUUG